UUUAUCGAUAUAGAUACUUCUCGGUGUCAACUGUAAAAUUACUUCUCGGAAUUAUUUAUUUAGUGAGGGCUUCAAUUAAAUAUUUUCAAGUGGUUAAAGUGAUAAUAAUCCAGUUUAUUCGCAACUGUGUGAAAGGAUACACCAUCCAUUUUAUUGAAGUGUAAAAAAAAAAGAAUAUUAAGUUUUCUAAAAACUGGCCAGGCCAGUGAGAAAAAAAAAUUUUAGAAAUUUAAAAAUUCAUUUUACUUAAUUUAGUGUUUAAAAUAAAAACAAUAAAUUUUAUAAAAACUGGUCAGUAAGAAAAAAAAAUAUUAGAAAUUUAAAAAAUGAUCGCAAAAUCAUUGGAUUCUGCCGUCAAAGCUUUCAAACCACAAAUAAAAGGGUCCAUAGGCAAACCAAUCAUAGAGAAUAUCAUCUUUAGACUCCACACCAAGUUCACUGCACUUCUGCUUUUUGCCUUUUUCUUCUUGGUCUGCACAAGGGAGUACUUUGGUGACCACAUCAAAUGUCUGAAGGGCGAUGGGAAACUCGAGGAGAAGAUGGUCAACAAUUAUUGCUUCUUCAUGACAACCUAUACUAUUGUAACAAAUGAUAACCGCCAUUUGCAAGAAGGCAACAUUCCACACCCAGGCAUGGGCCCAGUCCAGGAGAAGGACAGAAUCGUGAAGCAUAAGUACUACCAAUGGGUACCAUUCGUGCUUUUCUUCCAGUGCGUCUGCUUCUAUAUACCGCAUUUGAUCUGGAAGAAGGAAGAAGGUGGUAGGAUGAAAGCGCUGGUGUCCUGUCUUCACUACGCACGACUGGCUCAUAUGAAUGAGAAUGAGGUAAAAGUCUUAGACAAAGCGGUGCCAUCUAAGAGCGCUUUGAGGAAAACGGUUGAGGUUAUCGGCAAAGAUGUCAUGCUUAGGUUACAAGUAACCCGCUCCUGGUCAAUUUGUCUUAUAACGAUGGAAGUCCUCAACUUAUUGCAUCUAAUCAUACAGAUUUGGAUCACCAAUAGUUUUCUGGGAGGAAACUUUCUGACACUGGGGAGUGAUUGGUGGAAUUACGACUACAGAGACCAAAAUGCGACUGAUCCAUUGGAGAUUUUGUUCCCUAUGAUGACCAAAUGCAUUUUCAAUAAGUUCGGUCCGAGUGGCACUAUCAUCCACCACGACAUCAUGUGUGUGAUGUCCCUUAACGUCCUUUACGAGAAGAUCUAUACCAUUUUGUGGUUCUGGUUCUUAAUUCUCAUGAUGUUGUCUUUACUGGCCGUCAUCUGGCGGAUCGCAAGCUACAACCUGUACAGACGGACACCGAGGAUGACCCAGCUAUUAUACCGGAGAGUGACGCCAGGGCGGCUUCACGUCGAUGUCAUAGCUUACGUCAUCAAGCGUUGUCAUUACGCCGAUUGGCUGUUCCUGUACUAUUUGGCGAAGAACAUGCCUGGAUUUCUGUUUGAGGAAUUGUUCAAUAGACUUUACGAUGAACUGAAACAGCAGGAAGGUGAUUCAAAAAGUAGUGCAGACGAUGGAAAUGGACCUUUAUUAGACUUGGAUGACGAUAAAUAAAGACUGCGACUAUGAAGUAUUUUCCUAACCCUUAUACUAAUCCUGACUAAUAUUAAAAAUGCGAAAGAACUUUUUUGUUACGUCUUCGUAUAUACGUUCCAAAUACUCUACCUAUCUUUUUGAAAUUUCGCAUAGGUACACGUAGUUUGUAUGGAGUAGGUACCUUUCAUCCCGGAAUAAUAACCGUUCCCGUGGGAAAUUCACGCGGGCGAAGCCUCAGGUAAAAACUAAACAAUACAACUACAGGAAAUCUGAGAUUUGACUAUGAAAUUCAAGCGGGCGAAGCCGCGGGCAAAAGCUAGUAUGUAAUAUAAUGUCAAGUUUCAUAAAAAAGUAAAUUUUAAUAUCUAUACUGAUCCAUAAUAAAAUUAUAAAGAUUUGUAUUUUUGUUUGUCUAAAACUUCUAGGUCGAUUUUGAUGCAAUUUGGCAUAGAGAUAGACGAAAACUUCAGGCUUCUAAAUUAUUAUCGUUAUACCUGAUCGAAGCCGGGACGGUACGCUAGUCAUUCAUAUAGUUAAUAAUGAUGUUAACCAAAAAAAAAACUAGAAUUGUUUCUGUCAAUUAACCCAAAGAUCAUAUUUGUUUAAUGAUUCGCACAAACAGACAAACAAGAUCGUACUUAAAGAAGACGUAGAGAUUGAAUUAUCGCGUGCCAAAUGUUGUAGUCUAAGAGCUAGGACUGACUAUUUUUUAUAUAAUAAAAUUUUAUUCAAUGUAAAUUCUUAUACAUGAAUCAUAGUUAAAAUAAAAAUGCCUAAUGAUUU